AUGAGCACAGAGGGCCCCAGCCCCCUCACCUUCCUCACAGCUCCUGUCACUCCGGGGAGGCUCUCAGAGGCAGUUGACCCCAUCCCCAUGUUCAUUGCCCUGGCCUGCAUCUUCCUCCUGCUGGCCACCUGUCUGCUGUUCAUGACCCUCUGUAAGCCCGCUGCGCUGGAUCCGAGGCGCCGCUGGGCCUGCGAGUGCAUGCCGCACCACCCGGGGAGCCCCAGUGAGCCCCAGCUCCGGCUCUGGAAGCUCCUGGGCUCGGUGCGCCGCUCCCUGCACAGCUUCCGCCGUGGCUGGUCUGCCCCAAGGCGCCCCCUGCCGGGCAGAGAGGACCACGACAACUGUGACCGCAUAGAAUCUACAAAGAUGUGA